ACUUGAAGGAAUCAGUGUCAAAAAAAAAAAAAAAAAAAAAGAGAUCUUUUUCCAAAGGACAUUUACAUUGUUCGUUGUGAGCACGUUGAAAACAUUUUGGCCAUGGAAAAAAAGAAGAACAAUAGACAAGGUGGAAUGAGCAGAGGAGGGGGCAAAACAGGACAUGGAUAAGUAGGAAAGAAAAGACAGGAAAACAGAACAAGGAAAUAGAAGGGAAAGAGAGAGAACAGAAGGGCAAAAAAGAAAUAGGAAAUGGACGAAAGAAGAAGAUUUAAAAGCAAGUAAGGAGCUUAUGCAAGUAAAAAUAAAGCCAGAAGGGAAGUGAGGGAGAAAAGUACAUGACAGAAAAAUAGAAGAGACGAUACAGCAGAUGACCGGAACGCACCUACCUCUGCCGACAGAGUUCGUAUUGGUACAUAACAAAACUCCAUCAUGGUCACAGCAUCGGCGCUGAUGACUCCGACUUCGAUGAUCAGUGCCGCGCUGCUGGAGGCAACUGAGACCUUUCCAGUGCGGCUAAAAAUGGUGGAGGAUGGAAACAGAAAAAAAAAACGUAGUAAAGGAAGGGGAGCGACAGGACAAUGACGAAGAAGAAAAAGAAGGAAAAGAAGACGGAGAGGGAGAAAAAAGAAGAAUAGAAAGACGGGGGGAAAGUAGGACAGAUAAGGGAAAAGAAAGGAAUAAAAAGAGGGAAUUGAAUGAAGAAAGAAACAUGAAGUAAGACAGACGAAGUAAGAACAAGACAUGAAGGAUUGUUUACAGGGAAACAGCGAGCGAUACAAAACAUGAAUAAUAAAAAGAAAGAAAAUCGUAGUAGGAAGAAACAGCAGCGGAGAUGGCCAAGACGGAGCGGAGGCAGAGGCGCUGUCGCCUCUGUGUGCGGCGGCGGAGCAGCGCACGGUGUCGCUGCAGGCUCAGGAACGGCUCCGUGUGGGCGGCUCCGCCCCGGUGCGGCGGAGAGCCCGGCUGUGAGCGCGGGGGGGCGGCGCGGGCCGGGCAGCAGAGCCGGUGCGUGCGGGCGGCGGCGGGGAGCCGUGCGGGGCCCGGGCCGGGGCCGGCAGCCACAGCGGCGGCGGCGGCGGCGGCGGCGGCCGGGAGGAUGGGCGAGCGCUGUUGUGCGGCGGUGCUGCGGGUGCUGGUGCUGCUGCAGGCGGCCUGGGCGCUGGCGGGCGGGCAGGUGCGCUACUCGGUGCCGGAGGAAGCCAAGGCCGGCACGGUGGUGGGCCGUCUGGCGCAGGACCUGGGCCUGGAGGCGGGCGAGGCGGAGGCGCGGCGGCUGCGGCUGGUGGCGCAGGGCCGGCGGGCGAGCGUGGAGGUGAGCGGGGCGAGCGGCGCGCUGCUGGUGAGCUCGCGGCUCGACCGGGAGGAGCUGUGCGGCAAGAGCGCGCCGUGCGCGCUGCGCCUGGAGGUGCUGCUGGAGCGGCCGCUGCGCGUCUUCCAUGUGCAGCUGGAGGUCACCGACAUCAACGACAAUGCCCCCGUCUUCCCCGCCGCCCGCAAAAACCUCAGCAUUGCAGAGUUAUCUACAAUGCCCGGGUCUCGGUCUCGUUUCCCGCUGGAGGGCGCGACGGAUGCGGAUAUCGGAGCGAAUGCGCAGCUCUCCUAUACACUCAGUCCCAGCGAGCAUUUUAGAAUAGAGGAAGAAAACAGCAACUCUCGCAGUAUGUCCCUGUUUCUGGUGCUCAGGAAAUCUCUAGACCGCGAGACGAUUCCCGUGCACCGGUUGGUGCUGACAGCGAGUGACGGGGGCCGGCCGUCUCUGACGGGGACCAUGGAGCUGGUGAUCUCGGUUCUAGACGUUAACGAUAAUCCGCCCCAGUUCAACCAGUCCGUGUAUAACGUAGUUUUGUCCGAAAACGCAUUAGAGGGGACGCUUGUAGCGCGGGUGAGUGCCACAGAUUCCGACACGGGAAUAUAUGGUGAAAUUAUAUAUGAGAUCGAUACUGUUGUUCCACCCUCAGCAGGAACUUUAUUCAGCAUCCAUGCAAAUAGUGGAGAGAUCAGACUGUCAGGCGCCCUAGACUUCGAGGAAGUUACUUUAUACGAACUACAAAUUCAAGGGACAGACAAGGGUACGCCCCCACUGUCGGGUCACUGCAAGGUGGUGCUGGAGGUGCUGGACGUGAACGACAACGCGCCGGAGGUGUGGGUGACGUCGCUGUCGGUGCCGGUGCCCGAGGAUGCGUCGGUGGGGACGGUGGUGGCCCUGCUGAGCGUGUCGGACCGGGACUCGGGGGAGAACGGGCGCGUGCGGUGCUGGGUGUGGCCGGCGUCGCCGUUCGGUCUGGAGGCGACGUUCGCGGGCUCGUACUCGCUGGUGCUGCGCGAGGCGCUGGACCGGGAGCGGGUGUCGGAGUACGAGGUGGAGGUGCGUGCGGAGGACGGCGGGGCGCCGGCGCUGCGCGCCAGCCGCGGGCUGCGGGUGCCGGUGUCGGACGUGAACGACAACGCGCCCGCGUUCGCGCAGGCCGUGUACACGGUGCUGGCGCGGGAGAACAACGCGGCGGGCGCGGAGCUGGCGCGGCUGUGGGCGCGGGACCCGGACGAGGCGGGCAACGGGCGCGUCAGCUACUCGGUGUGGGAGGGCGGCGCGGGCGUGGGCGGCGCGGCCGCGGGGUCGUCGUCGUCGUCGUCGGGCGGCGGGUGGCGGCCGGCGUCGAGCUACGUGUCGGUGGACGCGGAGAGCGGGCGUCUGUGGGCGCUGCAGCCCUUGGACUACGAGGAGCUGCAGGUGCUGCAGUUCGAGGUGCGCGCGGUGGACGCGGGGCAGCCGCCGCUGAGCGGCAACGCCACGGUGCAGCUCUUCGUGCUGGACGAGAACGACAACGCGCCGGCGCUGCUGCCGCCCGCGGGCUCGGCCCCGGAGGCGGGCGCCGUGGCGGCCGAGGCGGCGGCGGCGGCGGCGGGGGCGGGCUCGGCGUCGGGCACGCUGUGGGCGUGGGCGGCGUGGGGGGCGCCGGCGGGGCAGGUGGUGGCCAAGAUCCGCGCCGUGGACGCCGACUCGGGCUACAACGCGUGGCUGCGCUACGAGCUGUGGGAGCCGCGGGGCAAGGGCCCGUUCCGCGUGGGGCUCUACAGCGGCGAGGUGAGCACGGCCCGAGAAUCCCUCUUUCUGGUACUCACGAAAUCUCUGGACCGCGAGACGAUUCCCGUGCACCGGUUGGUGCUGACAGCGAGUGACGGGGGCCGGCCGUCUCUGACGGGCACCAUGGAGCUGGUGAUAUCGGUUGAGGAUGCAAAUGACAACGCGCCCCAGUUCAACCAGUCUGUGUAUAAAGUGCAGCUGCCGGAGAACGCUACGGAGGGAACGCUGGUGGUGAGGGUGAAUGCCACGGAUCCGGAUUUGGGAAGUAAUGGUGAAGUAACUUUUAGCGUGAGCAAUACUUUUCCUGAAAAGGGGAUGAACAGCUUCCUUUUAAAUGCGAGGACGGGUGAAAUUCAUUUGGCGGGCAACGUGGACUAUGAAGAGUUUCGUUUAUAUGAGAUACAAAUGGAAGCGAGGGAUAAGGGGACGCCCUCUUUGUCGGUUUCUCUGCUCCUUUUUAUCCGCCCUCUUGAGAAGCUGCUGUUUGAAGGCGGGCUGAGUUCCCAAGACUUAUGGAUCUUGGGUACCUAG